AUGGCCCGGCGUUCCCGUACAUUAGGUACAUCAUUGACUGAGCUCGAGAAACACAUCACAGUUGCUCUGGCCAUUAUACGAAAUGAGAUGAUGCGUUUUGAGCUGAUUUGCAGCAUCCUAAGCACGGCCUUUUCGGCUGGUGCUUGCAUAUCAGAUGAUCCAGACAACUGUGUCGCCUCUAGCAAGGAGCCAAGGGAUGGCCCUGCUGAAGAUCAUUUCCCAGAUAUCGGUAAAUCCCCGAAAAAACACAAGAUCAGCCAUUUAAGAACGGUGGAAUCAGAUGAACCUGCCGUUGGUUCUUUGUUCAACAUGAAUGUGAAACCAAGCGACAAGAGUGCGGACAUAAUGUCGGCUAAGUUCGAUCCCAGCCUCUUUGAUAUUGGUCCGUAUACUCCUAAAUUUCCACCUCCUGGGCACCAGGAUUCGUUGUUAUUUGGUUUUUUGUCUGUUAUCUUGCAGAAGGUGGACGACGCCUUCGGUUCUGGCACUGGGAGCCGUAAGGUUUCUCCGGAAUACGAGGGCGAUGAGAUGGGCGUUGGCGACGCUAUGUUGGUGAAGGCAAUGGCAGAUUCGUACGGUAAGAGUGAGAAGGCCGUGAAGGAAAUGCUAACGAAACAUGAGGAUCUAGGGGUAGUGGCCAGUUUGAGCAGUUGUACAUCUCAAACAAUCGUUAGGCUACCUGACUUGACAAUAUCUAGUGUUUACAACCAGUUCAAGGCGAUAGCUUCAGAGACUGGAAAGAACUCCAUGACACGCAAGAAGGAUGGGAUCAAGCGAAUGCUAAUAUCUGCUAAGCGUGGUGAGGCUAAGUACAUCGUACGGUGUCUGCAGCAAAAGCUGCGAAUUGGAGUGAACUCUACUACUCUGUUCCAGUCCAUUGCAGAUGCUGCCUAUCUGACCAAGGCAGCGAAAGAUGGCAGACCUGCUAUUGGUGAUGUAAGGACGUCUGGGAUCCAACAGGUCAACACGAUUGACGAAAUGGAAAAGGCUGUUAAGACAGCCACUACCCACUUGCCCUGCAUCGACACAGUAAUUGGCCAUCUUCUUGAUGGUGACAACUGCGAAGAAUUUUUGGAGCAUUGUAAGAUCCGCCCCGGUAUCCCCGUACGUCCGAUGUUGGCCAAGGCAGUCAGCAAAACGUCUGACAUUCUCCAUGCCGUUGGAGGCGAGGGCGUGACGUUCACUUGCGAAUAUAAGUACGACGGUGAACGGGUUCAGAUACACCUGAUGAAAGACCGUUGCAUCAAAUUGUUUAGCCGGAAUAUGGAAAACCUUUGUGGUAAGUAUCCGGAUGUGAUGGAGAAUUUUCUUGCCUGUGUGAAGGCUGACGUGACAGAUUGCAUUAUAGAUUGUGAGGUAGUGGCAUACGACCCCGUUAAUGGGAAGAUAUUGCCAUUUCAGCAGCUUUCCAGCCGCAAGCGCAAAGAUGUGACAGUAAAGGAUAUUUCAAUACCGGUCUGCAUGUACCCCUUCGACAUUUUGUAUCUCAACGGUGAACCGCUGGUCACCAAGUCGUUAUCGGAACGUCGCCAAGCGCUAGAGGCCGCCGUGUUUGAGAGAAAUAGUGUUCUUAACUUCGCACGACACAAGGAUGUGACUUCUUUGGAUGAGAUUGACGAUUUUUUGCGCCAGGCGGUAUCCGAUUCUUGCGAGGGGCUUAUGAUAAAGACUCUGGACCAGGAUGCUACUUACGAACCUCAGAAGCGCACCAAUAAUUGGUUGAAGUUUAAGAAGGAUUACAUUGACGGCAUGGGUGAUUCCGUUGACCUUGUACCCAUUGCCGCCUUUUGGGGGAAGGUUGGUUAA